CUCUCUCUCUCUCUCUCUUUCUGUUCAUCGAGACUUUCUCUCUCUAGUCUGUCUCCUUCCUCUUCCUCGAUCUGUAACUCUACGCAGCUGCCUGCCCCCUUCCCACAUUGCUCCGUCUUUGUCCGUCCUGGAGAUGGACGGUGGCCCCGAACUUCGGUUAUAGAUGAAGAAAUUGGUACAAGGGGCACGAUUAAUUGUUUGUUGCAAGCAAGAUUUUAAGCGACUGCUUGAGCUGAAAUCCAGCUAAAUGGCUCGUGGGAGAAUAAGGGCAAGGAUAAGGCGGAGCAACCUUUACACAUUUGCUUGCCUUCGACCCAGAACCACCGAGGACGGUGCCCAUUCCCUUGAAGGCCCUGGGUUCUCGCGAACUGUUCAUUGCAACCAGCCUCAUCUCCAUGAAAAGAAACCUCUACAUUACUGCAAGAAUAAUAUAUCAACUACAAAAUAUAACGUUAUCUCGUUUUUGCCCAAGGCUCUCUUUGAGCAAUUUCGACGAGUUGCCAAUAUAUAUUUUCUUUUGGCUGCAUGCCUCUCAGCCUCUCCAAUUUCACCUUUCACACCAGUGAGCAUGAUUGCUCCUUUGGCAUUUGUUGUGGGGCUUAGUAUGGCAAAGGAGGCACUGGAAGAUUGGCGGAGGUUUCUUCAGGAUGUCAAGGUUAAUCGUCGGAAGGUCAGUGUCCAUAAAGGCAAUGGUGUUUUUGAUUUGACGGCAUGGCAGAAGAUAAGGGUUGGAGAUGUGGUAAAAGUAGAAAAGGAUCAAUUUUUCCCUGCCGACUUGCUUCUGUUGUCAUCAAGUUAUGAUGAUGGUAUAUGCUAUGUGGAAACUAUGAAUUUAGACGGUGAAACGAACUUGAAAGUGAAGAGAUCUUUGGAGGUUACCUUGCCUCUUGAUAAUGAUGAUGCUUUUAAGGAUUUUAGAGGAACAAUACAAUGUGAAGACCCAAAUCCCAAUCUUUACACAUUUGUUGGUAACAUUGAUCAUGAACGUCAGGUUUAUCCUAUCGAUCCUGUCCAAAUUCUCCUCCGAGAUUCAAAGCUGAGAAACACUGAUCAUGUCUAUGGGGUUGUCAUUUUCACCGGUCAUGACAGCAAAGUGAUGCAGAAUUCUACCAGUUCCCCUUCAAAAAGGAGCAGAAUAGAAAAGAAGAUGGAUUAUAUCAUAUAUCUUCUUUUCACCGUCCUUAUUUUAAUAUCUAUGAUAAGUUCUAUAGGAUUUGCUAUAAAAACCAAGUUUCAAACCCCAGACUGGUGGUACUUACAGCCCAUGGAAGCCGAGUACCAGUAUAAUCCCAACAAUGCUACCUUGGCUGGGAUGAGCCAUCUUAUAACUGCACUCAUUCUUUAUGGAUAUUUGAUACCCAUAUCACUCUAUGUGUCAAUUGAACUUGUGAAGGUUCUACAAGCAAGCUUCAUCAACAAAGACUUACAGAUGUUUGAUGAAGAAACUGGGACACCAGCUGAUGCACGAACGUCAAAUUUGAACGAAGAGCUGGGUCAGGUAGACACUAUCCUUUCUGACAAAACUGGCACUUUAACCUGCAACCAGAUGGAUUUUUUGAAAUGCUCCAUUGCUGGUAUGGCGUAUGGAGUGCACUCCAGUGAAGUUGAACUUGCUGCAGCAAAGCAGAUGGCUUCUGAUUUUGAGGAACAGGAGCCAGAUCUCUCUAAUUUCCCCCUGCCUAAGAAUAAAGCACGAGGUUUGUCUGAAACUAAUAGAAUAGGUGGUGAAGAAAUUGAAAUGGAGCCCGUUGUUACUUCUAAGAGUGAUGAGAGUAAAAGGCCUUCCAUAAAGGGAUUUAAUUUUGAAGACAGCAGGAUCAUGAACUGCAACUGGUUGAAAGAGGCCAAUUCUGAUGUUCACUUGUUGUUUUUCCGAAUAUUAGCAGUUUGCCAUACUGCCAUUCCUGAGAUGAAUGAGGAGACUGGCAGUUUUACAUAUGAAGCUGAGUCACCAGAUGAGGGGGCUUUUCUUGCAGCAGCCAGAGAAUUUGGUUUUGAAUUUUGUAAAAGGAAUCAGUCUAGUAUUUUCAUCCGUGAAAGACUGUCUCCCUCUGGACAACCAGUUGAAAGGGAGUACAAAAUCCUGAAUUUAUUGGACUUCACUAGUAAAAGAAAACGAAUGUCUGUGGUUGUACGUGAUGAGGAUGGCAACAUUCUUCUUAUGUGCAAGGGUGCAGACAGUAUCAUAUUUGAUCGUUUGUCAAAGAAUGGAAAAACAUUUCUGGACGCUACUACCAGACAUAUAAAUGAAUACGGAGAAUCUGGUUUGCGAACACUAGCCUUGGCUUAUAGAAAGCUUGAUGAGCAAGAGCACUCUGCUUGGAAUACUGAAUUCCAGAAAGCCAAAGCUGCUGUUGGGUCUGACAGAGAGGAAACUCUUGAACGAUUAUCAGAUAUAAUUGAGAGAGAGUUGAUUCUUGUCGGAGCUACUGCUGUUGAAGACAAACUGCAGAAAGGAGUGCCCCAAUGCAUUGACAAACUUGCACAAGCUGGUCUUAAGAUCUGGGUGUUAACUGGAGAUAAGAUGGAAACUGCAAUCAACAUUGGAUUCGCUUGUAGUUUGCUUCGACAGGGCAUGAAGCAGAUAUGUAUAACUACUGUGAACUCAGAUUCAUUAACCAACGGUGGAAAAGAGAUCAUCAAGGAGAACAUUUUGAACCAAAUCACCAAUGCCUCACAAAUGAUCAAACUGGAGAAAGAUCCCCAUGCUGCAUUUGCAUUAAUUAUAGAUGGUAAAACUCUGACAUACACAUUAGAAGAUGAUAUGAAGCACCACUUUUUGGGAUUGGCAGUAGAAUGUGCAUCUGUCAUCUGCUGUCGUGUGUCUCCCAAGCAAAAGGCACUGGUAACAAGGUUGGUGAAGGAAGGAACUGGGAAGACCACCCUAGCAAUAGGUGAUGGUGCAAAUGAUGUUGGCAUGAUUCAAGAAGCAGAUAUUGGUGUUGGUAUUAGUGGAGUUGAAGGUAUGCAGGCGGUGAUGGCCAGCGACUUUGCCAUUGCCCAAUUUAGGUUUUUGGAGCGUCUUCUGGUAGUCCAUGGACACUGGUGUUACAAGAGAAUUGCACAAAUGAUAUGCUACUUUUUCUACAAAAAUAUAGCAUUUGGCCUGACCAUAUUCUAUUUUGAGGCCUUUACCGGUUUCUCUGGGCAGUCAGUUUAUGAUGACUGGUACAUGUUAUCGUUCAACGUUGUUCUUACGUCUUUACCUGUCAUCUCCCUCGGGGUUUUUGAGCAAGAUGUUUCAUCAGAAGUUUGCUUGCAGUUUCCCGCACUUUACCAGCAAGGACCCAAAAACCUGUUUUUUGACUGGUAUAGAAUAUUGGGAUGGAUGGGCAAUGGUCUUUAUUCCUCUCUCAUCAUCUUCUUCCUUAACGUCAUCAUCUUCUAUGACCAAGCGUUCCGUGCCAAUGGCCAGACUGCUGACAUGGCUGCUGUAGGCACCACAAUGUUCACUUGCAUCAUUUGGGCUGUAAAUCUUCAGAUUGCUCUGACAAUGAAUCACUUUACCUGGAUCCAACACCUACUGGUCUGGGGCAGUGUAACCACAUGGUACCUAUUUCUCUUGCUGUAUGGCAUGAUUUCUCCGUACUAUUCCAAGAAUGCCUACCAAAUACUUGUUGAAGCUCUUGGUCCUGCACCUCUUUACUGGAUAGCAACCAUUUUAGUAACAGUCACCUGCAAUCUUCCUUAUCUUACCCACAUAUCCUUCCAAAGAUGUUUUAAUCCGAUGGACCAUCACAUCAUCCAAGAAAUUAAGUACUACAAGAAGGACGUUGAAGAUCAAAACAUGUGGACUAGGGAAAGGUCUAAGGCCAGACAGGAGACAAAGAUUGGUUUCACAGCAAGAGUGGAAGCCAAGAUCAGGCAAUUGAAGGGAAGGCUGCAGAAGAAGCAAUCGGCCAUAGGUGCCUUGUCACCAUCAAGAAACUUAUAAAUAUUAUUUUUAAUAGGGUAGGAAAUUUUUAGGCUUGCUCAAUUUUUUCCCUCUCUCUCUUAGUAGCCUUCCUUGUUGUUUAUUUUUCCCCUGCUUGUUUUGGUUUGCUUAUAAAAAAGGUUAUCUGAUAGGGAGCUGUUGUAUGUAUCAUCCUGCUUAUACUAGUUUGUUUACAGACUGAUAGUUCCAUUCGUUAUUAUGGAGAAGCAACGGGGGUUGUUGUAUAUGUUAGUUAGAGGUUGACAUUAUGUUAAAUUCUUGAUGCAUCAGAUUUAUUUGAUUCUCUAGUCAGAUGGUUAUGAUUCAA